AUGGCUUCCUCUGACCCGGAUCAGAAGUCUGUUGAUGUCAAGGACGAUGUUCACACAGAAAAGCCAGGUGAUCUGUUGGCCAGCAUUAAGAAUUACUACUCGUCAUCGGAGUUCUCCGACCUCACCGUUCACACCCUUGACCAAGAUUUCCAGGUUCAUCGGGUAGUCGUCUGUGGGCAGUCCGAAUAUUUCUCUCGUCUCUUCCAAGGCACAUGGCCGGAAGCAAAGGAGAACGAAAUUCACCUCAAAGAAGACGAACCCCGUGCGAUAGAAGCAAUGUUCCAAUUCAUGUACGGAUUCGAAUACGACAGCAGCGGCAGUGACCAAGGCCGCACAUCACCCAUGCUGUUGAAUGUCAAGGUUUAUCAGGUUGCAGAUAAAUACCAGGUCCCCCGGCUUAAGGACCGCGCAAGAGAGAAGUUCAAGUCUAUCGUGGAGGCGUGCUGGCAGAUGGACGACUUUCCCGUUGCGAUAGAAGAGGCAUACAAGCGUACCACUAAGGAGGACAGGAGUCUCCGAGACAUUCUUGUGAGGACUUCCCAGGAACACAUCGGGGAACUGGAAGCUAGCGAGGAUUUCCGUGGAGCUCGGUAG